AAUGGGCGCUCAUUUAGACAACUCAAGAGAACACUUAGCUUUCGUAAAAGGAAGAAGAAAAAUGAGACUAGUGAAUUCGCUAAGCCUCAGCAGUGGCUUGAAGACGAACGAAAAAUUAAGGACUGUUCGUGUAGCUUUCAAGUCAAGUACCUUGGAAAUAUUGAAGUAUUUGAGUCUCGGGGGAUGCAAGUCUGUGAAGAAGCCAUAAAGGCUUUAAGAAAAUCAAAAAAAAAACCGCAAAAGGCUAUUUUGCACGUCAGUGGUGACGCUCUUCGCGUCUCUGAUGAAAUGAGCAACGUAACUUUUUUUAAAUCUAUCUUUCAAAAGCACCUCAUUGUAGACCAAACAAUCGAAAAAGUGUCUUUUUGUGCGCCCGACAGAAACCACGAUAAAGGGUUUGCCUAUAUAUGUCGGGAUGCUGCGACUAGACGAUGGAUGUGUCAUGCUUUCCUUGCUGUUAAAGGAACGGGCGAGCGUUUGUCUCAUGCUGUGGGCUGUGCAUUCGCUAUUUGUCUGGAAAAGAAGCAAAAGCGCGAACGCGAGGCAUUGCAAGUUGCUUUUUCGGAUGACAGAACAUCUUUUGCUCGUAUGGGUUCAUUUCGUCAGAUAUUAGGUGCUGCAAACUUUAAGUUUGUGGCACCUCUUUUAUACUUUUAA